AUGAAGUGUGGUGUGUCAUAUGAGGUAAUCCUGGCAGAGCCUGUGACUGUGGCUCCUCCUAAACAAUCCUCCCCCAGGAAAGAGGUUUCAAUGGAUAACAUCGAGGAGAAAUUUAAAGCAGCUGCAAAAAGGAAACUGUCACUGGAAGCAGGGAGGAUGGUUAAUUUGGCUAUCAUGAUGUCAAAGAUUGAGGAGGCAUCAGAGAGGAGGAAAGAACAAGAAAAUUAUUUCAUUUCACAAACUCGAGAAGCCCUAGAACAAAAGAUGGAAGUGUACACUGAGAAUCGAGAAUCACUCAUUAAUGACUUGAAGUCUAGAUUAAAGGAGCAUUGGGAGAUUGUGGAGAAGACUAGACGGUCACUAGAAAUGCAGAAACGUGAAGCGAAAGGUGCACUGAAGCACAUCAAGGAAAAAUUGAAUGCAGCUCAAAAAAGAAGACUGUCACUGGAAGCAGAGAAGAUGAUUGAUUUGGCUAUCAUGAUGUCAAAGGUUGAGAUGGCAUCAAAGAGGAGGAAAGAACAAGAAAAUUAUUUCAUUUCACAAACUCGAGAAGCCCUAGAACAAAAGAUGGAAGUGUACACUGAGAAUCGAGAAUCACUCAUUAAUGACUUGAAGUCUAGAUUAAAGGAGCAUUGGGAGAUUGUGGAGAUGAACAGACAGUCACUAAAAAUUCAGGAACAUGAAGCGAAAAGUGCACUGAAGCACAUCAAGGAGAAAUUGAAUGCAGCUCAAAAGAGAAGACUGUCACUGGAAGCAGUGAGGAUGAUUAAUUUGGCUAUCAUGAUGUCAAAUGUUGAGAAGGUAUCAAAGAGGAGGAAAGAACAAGAAAAUUAUUUCAUUUCACAAACUCGAGAAGCCCUAGAACAAAAGAUGGAAGUGUACACUGAGAAUCGAGAAUCACUCAUUAAUGACUUGAAGUCUAGAUUAAAGGAGCAUUGGGAGAUUGUGGAGAAGACUAGACGGUCACUAAAAAUGCAGAAACGUGAAGCGAAAGGUGCAGCUGAGACGAUCCAUACAGCCACUCCUCGAAAAGAUGGUAACAUCGAGAAAAUUAUACAAAGAAUGAAGGAACAUAAGGCGAAGGUGGUGCGUAUUCGGGUGGAAAUGCUUGAGAAGGUGAACCAGUUGAAGUCUAAAAUUCAUAGGAAGUAUCAGCAGUCACAGACAAGACGUGAGCAGCUCAAGCAGGACAAACUUGAGAAGCUGCGCAAUCAUGCACGCUGGGCUGAGAUGGUGCGACACAAUAAGGAGCGCCUAUCCUGUGAGAAUGAUGAGCAGCAGACUACUUCCGUCUAG